AAGUUGCCAGAUUGAUAGCAUUUUAUUAUUAUUAUCGACACACAUGUUCAUUUUCUAGAAGAAGAAUCAACGCCAUUUUUAAAAUAAAAAAAAAUAUAUACACAUUCGUGAAAUAAAAUUACUGCGCGACGGAUCAAUUUGUGUCCUUUUCAUCCCCUUGACAUCUUGUGUGUGUACAACAGUAACAGAAGAAGGAAAAGUCCAAAAGAAAAGUAAACGAAGAACAAGUAUUUGAGCGUAUAUAAAAAUAAGCGUGUUACGACGACGAUUUUUUUAUAAACCACAAAUUAAAAGAUAGAGAAAGAACAAAAAAUACAGAAAUCUAAUUAAAAAAAAUGGUAAAAGAAACCGCAUAUUAUGAUAUUUUGGGCGUAAAACCCAAUGCCACACCCGAUGAAUUGAAAAAAGCCUACAGAAAGUUGGCCCUUAAGUAUCAUCCAGACAAAAACCCAAAUGAGGGUGAAAAAUUCAAAGCCAUUUCUCAGGCCUAUGAAGUGCUCGCAGAUCCCGACAAACGUUCCAUUUAUGACGAGGGUGGCGAGGCAGCCAUUAAGAAGGGUGGUGGCGAUGGCGGCGAUUUCCGUAAUCCUAUGGACUUCUUUGAAAGAUUCUUUGGCGGUGGUUUUACCACAAACAGACGUCGUGAGCGUCGUGGCAAAGAUGUUGUCCACCAGUUGUCCGUGCAGCUAGAAGAGUUGUACAAUGGUGCUACCCGCAAAUUGGCAUUGCAAAAGAAUGUCAUAUGUGACAAGUGCGAGGGUCGUGGUGGCAAGAAGGGAGCUAUUGAGAAGUGUAUGCAAUGUCGCGGUGCCGGCUUGGAAACACGCAUCCAACAGAUCGGUACCGGUUUGAUCCAACAUGUCGAACAGGUGUGUCGCAAGUGUGCCGGCACUGGUGAAAUGAUAUCCGAGAAGGAUCGUUGUAAGCAGUGCGUCGGUCGCAAAACAGUAAGAGAACGUAAAGUUUUGGAAGUUCACAUUGACAAGGGUAUGCGCGACGGACAGAAGAUUGUAUUUAGUGGCGAAGGUGAUCAUGAACCCGAUUCACAGCCUGGCGAUAUCAUCAUUCUGUUAGACGAAAAGGAACAUCACACAUUCGUACACGCUGGCACAGAUUUGAUGAUGAAAAUGCCAGUUCAGUUGGUCGAAGCAUUGUGUGGAUUCCAACGUGUGAUUAAGACCUUAGACGAUCGUGAUAUUGUGAUCACAUCGGCGCCCGGUGAAGUCAUUAAGCAUGAAAUGACUAAAUGUAUAAUGGAUGAGGGUAUGCCACUCUAUAAGAAUCCAUUAGAGAAGGGUCGUCUUAUCAUACAGUUCGAAGUUAUUUUCCCCGAUACAAUUCCAGUCUCUGUUAUUCCCCAACUGGAACAGUGCUUACCACCAAGACCAGAAGUAACCAUUCCAAUUGAUGCCGAACAAGUCAAUCUGGUUGAAUUUGAUCCUAAACAGCGCAGAGAUCAACAACAUCAUCGCAUGGCAUACGACGAGGAUGAUCGUUAUGACGAAGGACCCAGAGUGCAACAAUGUACCACAAAUUAAGCGUGUAAAUAGGCAAAAACUGAUAUAUAAACAAAUGCGAAUGAAUAACUUACUAAAAGCAAAAGUAUAUCCACGCAAAAGCAAAGCAGCAGCAAAAACUACUGUAAACUUUACUACUAACUCUCACAAUUCCUUUAAAAUAAAAAUAGAACAAAAAAAAAAACAAAAAAUAUCAAAACGUACCAUACUCUUCAAAACAAAUACAUCUGGAAGAAAAAUACACACAAUUUACAAAAAACUAAUAAAGAAAAAUAUUAUUAUUGAACAGAAAAGCGAUUUGAAGCAAACAACAUCAAAGAACUGUGAAUUUAAGCGCAAGGAGCGAAUAAUGAGAAGAAAUAUAGAAACAAACAUAAUACAUACAUUCACAUUAGUUAUUUAACACUUUUUAGUCUACAAAAAGAAAAACAAAUAAAAACAAAGAACUCAAUAUUUAAAUGUAAAUUUAUCUACACACGCUGUAUUUAUUGUUACACGUCAUUUGUUCGUUAUCUCUCGUAGAUCCUAAAAAUCUAAUAUUUGUAUGACGUUCUUCUACCAUUAUUAUACUCCAUGCAUCCAUCCAACCAAUCAACAACCCUUUUCUCACUUUUAAUAUAUUGUUGUAUCAAAUUUAGUUUUGACCAACUGCAGUUGCAGGCAAAACUUGUCGAAUUUAAAUUUGUAUUGUGUAACUUCGUAGAACAAUUAUUUCUACUACUAUAUAAUCAUGAUGCUUAAAUGUAUAUAUUUCGUAAAUACAUACAAACAUUUAUUUUUUAAUUUUUUUUAUUGCCAAAUAAAAUCAGUAAACGCAUUUCUUCCUAGUUUAAAAAAAAUGGGAGGAAAAAUCAAAAUUUCUUAAAGAAACUACACGGCUUGUUUUCUUCUCUUUAUUUUUGUGUUGGAAACAAAUUACAGUUUUAUGUGAGAAUUUACACUAAAUAUUGGAAACAAAUUCAAUUCAAAUAGGAUCUGGAUAGCAUUAAAACCCUUUAAAAACACAAUAUAAAUAUUAUAAAUAAUAAAAACAUAAAAUAAAACGGUUAGUUCAAACGAAAUAAAGAUAAAUUAUUAUUAUAACCUAGAA